AUGAAGUUCACUGCGGGGAUGUGGUGUUUGCAGGAGGGAGUUGCUAUUGAGUGGAUGAGCAACGUAGAGAGAUUUUCUGUCGAGGCCGAGUCAGUCAAUCUGCUCUUGAACAAGUUUCAGAGACAUCGAGGAGAUACUCUCAAUUCGCCGACUGUCUCCGCCCAAGUCACCUCCCCAUCAGAGGGCAUCAUCGGCGUGAAGCUUGUCCACUGGGCUGGCCAAAACGAUACCGGCCCACACUACCACCUAAAUACAAGCAAAGACCACAUCGCAAUCCAACACAACAAAGAAGACAACAAACUAAACUACAAAAGCGGACCCCUACAUCUAGACAUCAACACCGCCGCCAACGAACUAGACCUAAUCUUCCGCUCACCAACCGGCAAGAAACUAACCGGUCAAUCCUUCCGUUCAAUAGGCUACGUCCGCGACCAACGAAGCGAGAAACAUCGCUACGAAGACGGCAUCUACGCCGAAAAGCAGGGAUACAUGCUUGCAGGGCUGGACUUGGGCGUUGGCGAGAAGGUCUACGGCCUCGGCGAGCGAUUCGGUCCUCUUGCCAAGAACGGGCAGGUGGUUGAUAUGUGGAAUGAAGACGGCGGUACCUCUUCUGAGCUUGCGUACAAGAACAUUCCGUUCUAUAUCAGUUCACGGGGCUAUGGUGUUUUUGUGAAUCAUCCUGGCAAGGUCAGUUUGGAGAUUCAGUCUGAGCGUACUACCAGGGUGAAUAUCUCUGUUGCUGGGGAGGAGAUUGAGUAUUUUGUUGUUUAUGGGGCUACACCGAAGGAGAUUCUUAAUCGCUAUACUUCUUUGACUGGACGGCCGAGUCUUGUUCCGUCUUGGAGUUACAAUCUUUGGUUAACUACCAGCUUUACGACCAACUAUGACGAGGAGACUGUCACGGGCUUCCUGGAUGGAUUCCGAGACCGGGAUAUCCCCCUGGGGGUCUUCCACUUUGAUUGCUUCUGGAUGAAGUCAUACCAUUGGUGUGACUUCGACUUUGACUCGGACAUGUUCCCGGACGCCGUGGGAUACCUCAAGCGUUUGAAAGAACGUGGACUGCGCAUUAGUGUCUGGAUCAACCCAUACGUAGGACAAGCAUCACCACUGUUCAACGAGGGCAGGAAGCACGGCUACUUCAUCAAGCGCAUCGACGGCUCCGUAUGGCAAUGGGACUUCUGGCAAGCCGGAAUGGCAGUAAUAGACUUCACCAACCCAGCAGCCUGCAAAUGGUACAACAGCCACCUAGAACGGCUAAUGGAGAUGGGCGUGGACAGUUUCAAGACAGACUUCGCAGAGCGCAUCCCAUUCAAAGGCGUACAAUACCACAAUGGCGCCGACCCAGUGCGUAUGCACAACUACUACGCCCUUCUCUACAACAAGAUCGUUUACGAGACACUCAGCAGCCGCGUCGGACGCAGCCAGGGUCUCCUCUUCGCGCGCAGUACUGCGCCGGGCGGACAGGCAUUCCCCGUUCACUGGGGUGGCGACUGCGAGAGCACAUUCGAGGCAAUGGCUGAGUCACUGCGUGGUGGACUGAGCUUGAUGCUUUCUGGGUAUAUCUUCUGGGCAUCUGAUAUUGGUGGGUUUGAGGGGACGCCGCCGCCGGCGCUGUAUAAGCGGUGGGUUCAGUUUGGACUGCUGUCAUCGCAUUCGCGUCUGCAUGGAUCGUCUUCGUUCCGUGUGCCGUGGAUUUAUGGCGAGGAUUGCUCAGAUGUGUUGCGGGAUUGUGUUAAGCGGAAGAUUCUGCUUACGCCUUAUAUUCUGCAGGAGGCCUUGAGGGGCCAUCGGGAUGGCACGCCGCUUAUGAGGCCGCUUUUCUUGGAGUUCCCUGAGGAUUUGAAUACUUAUGCUGUUGAUACGCAGUAUAUGUUUGGUCCUAAUUUGUUGGUUGCGCCGGUGUUUUCGGAGGAGGGUGAGGUUACCUUCUAUGUGCCUCGGUCUGAGGAUGAUGAGGCUGGGGAGUGGGUUUCGUGGUUUGAUCAUUCGAAGACUUAUGAGUCUGGUCAAUGGUAUACUGAGACUCAUGACUUUGAUACUAUGCCCAUCUUAAUUCGUCCUGGCUCGGUGACUGUUGUCAACCCGACCAUCAAGACGCCUGAGGAUGAUGCGCUGUCCGGAGUUGAGUUGCUGAUCAACGGUCGUUUGCGCGGAGAGACAGCGGUAGAGAUUGUUAAUUCAGCUCAGACAGACGAGAUCUCGGAAACCGUUCAGCUCUCUCCUACCGCAGAUGGAAAGGUUGAAGCCAGUGGCCAUCCUGUAAAAUUGGUCUAUGUUGCUUAG